AUGGAAUUUGGUCAUAGAGUCAAGUCAGUCUCAUUAGCCAUUUUUUCAAUGGCUGAAGUCGAUGCUAUCAAAAAAUCGGGUAAUAGUGAAGCAAAGAAAAAAUGGCUUGCUAAUCGAAAACCUUCUUUGCCACUCCCCAAACCAGGCGAAGUUGAAAAUAUCAGAAUGUUCAUUAAAGCUUGUUUUGUAGAAAAACAGUGGUCAGCAGAAAAUACCCAAUAUACUCAACAACAACAAACAACACCAUCUACCCCUCCACAAUUUCAAUCCCCUUCUCCAAAACAAAGUAAAUCCCCUCUCUCUCCACCUAAAUCAAGUAUUAAAACUAGACUUAGUAUUAAUUCACACCAAACCAAUUUUUUCAAUAUCUUGGAUUCAAAUGUUCAACCACACUCUACAGCAUCAGAAACUGUCCCUACUUUCGACUUUGUUCAAACUACUUCUACCUCAACACCAUCUACUCAACCAACUUCACAAUCCCCUUCGAUUCAAUCAGAACCUAUUGUAAAGAACAAAUAUGAUAUUUUAGCACAAAUUCAACUCGAACAACAACAACAACAAUCAUCUUCAAUAACUACUAAUUCUGUUUUUGAUUUUAUUGACUCAAAACAAGUUUCUCCUCAACCUUCUAUUCAACCUACUAAUCCUCCUCAACAACAACCAUCUCAACAACUCCAAACAACAUUUGAUUUUAAUCAGUCUUCUUCUCAACCAGUUGUAUCUCAACCACCAAACAAACAAGAAGCAUUUGACUUUGGUCAAACAACAUUUGAUUUUACUACAAACAAUCAACCAAAGACUAAUCCAACAAGUACAUCACCAUUCACCUUUGACUCAAACCCUUCAUUCAAUGAAGUACCAACCCAAUCACAACAAUCACCAAUUAAGGUCAUCCCUCCAAAAGUCAUUCCUCAACAAAUCCCCACUAAUGAUUCUUCUAAGGGAAUAACCCAAACUCCUUUAAGCAAACCUCAAACAGCAGAAACAUUUGACUUUAACUCAACUAUUCCUAAAUCACAACCUGCCUCUGUCAUUAAGUCAAGAACAAAUGCGUUUAAUUUUGACCAACAAAACAACCUUCUAA